AUGGGUCGCCUCUCUCGAUCCAACACCGUGGGCCACGGCUUCGGUAUCCUCGAGGACACCUCUGGUCCCGGCAAUCAUGCUUCUUCUGACGCAAACGGCCCUCACGCCUUCAACAACGUUGCUGCUCUCGAAGAUUGUGACACUAACAGUCGCCAAAGAACGCCGGAAUUCAUCGACGCUUUAACCGACAAACUCAAGGAAUUACAUAUUUACAGUCCUAAGAAGAACCGUGCCGACAGAUCACUGCUGCAACCUGUGCGACGCCGCUCGACUCGAUCUUCCAUUGACUCCAAGAUCUUCCCAACCCUUCAACACAUCAGGGAAGAAGUCGAAAUCUGUGACGGAAACUCAAGUGUGACUAGCCCUACGCAAGGACCAGUCCUUGCCAACUUGCCUCAAGAGACCAAACAAGACGAGGUCUUGCGCGCAAUUGGUCUUGAACAGCAACAUCUUAACACAAAUCUUAACAUACAGAAGUCCAUCAAACGGCACAGGUCAGGUCAGUAUGACUAUGUACUUUCGAUUCCGAAUCCAGACGGCCCGGCUAGGCGCAACAAUGCGACCAGGAGACGAGAAGAUCUCUAUUAUGGCUGCAACGUCUUAGUCCACACCGACCGCGCUGAGGAAAGUCUCUGCAUUCAGCGAAAACCGGCUAAUGCCUUCAAACUUCUAGCGACACCUCUGAUAUUUGACGAAGCAUCUCGGAGUGCGUCGAAUUCAUCUUCAGAAAACGACGACAAGAUGGCUGUUGCCGAGCCGCUUGUUCGGCUUGCCUCUCCAGCGCCUGCAGGAUACGAAAACCCCAUGACGAAAUCUGCCAUCAACGUGUCCGUCGUCGAACAAAUUCACUCCAAGGAGUCAUCUCUGGACUACGUGGACCACCCCAAGGACCGAGUAGUUUCCUUCUCGUCUACGGACGAGAGCAGGGCCCCAACGGAGGACGUUCCCCGCACUCCAUCUAGGUCAACCUCGACCAGUUCGCGAUCUCGAAUUGAGGACUCAGUGGAAGCCAUCGAUAAACUCGAGGAGGAGUUGGAGGCCAUUAACACACGGCUGGCGACACCAAGCAAGUCUCGACGGGUUCAAUCUGUGGUGGAGGAGUCUACUACGACAGCUCCCACAAGGGAAUCACCUAUUAGGCGGCCCGCCCCCACGUUGAACCGCACUCAAUCUGUCGGUGCCGCAGCCAAAGGAUCGUCACAAGCACGCGCAAACCAGAGAAAGUCUGUCAAUUUUGACAGCGAGGUCCCAAAGGGAUCCCCUGGAAAAGCACCUACUACAAGGCCUCCUGUGCCUCGUCCAACCAGCCUUCUACCGCCCAAACCGCCUGCCAAAUCCACGAGGCCUCCUACCAAGCCCUCUUUUGAGCUGCCAGGUGAGGCCACCGCUCGCGAUAUCAAGGCGAGGCGCGACGCUCGCCUGGCUCAACAGGCCCAGGAGAAGGCCGCUGCGGCAGUCCCUCAGCGAACUAGAUCUCUCAAGGCCCCGACCAAGCCUAACUUUGAGCUGCCCGGCGAGGCAAUUUCCAGGCGCAAGAGGGAGGAGCGAGAAGCUCGUCUCAAACAGCAAGAAGAGGAAGAGCGAAAGCGUCGCGAGUUCAAGGCGAGUCCUAUCAAGGCAAGGCUGGGAACGGCUACGCAACCUCGAGAGACCGUGGCUAGUCGAGCUCGCCAGAACAAGGGGUCCGAGGCCAGCGACAUGGAAAGCCCGUCGAAGCGCUCAUCAAUCAUGGGCACUCCUCGUACGCUUGCGAGAACGAGUUCGACGAGGUCGCCACAGACUCGCGGCAGAGGUACUUCACAGUCCGGUACAGAGACCCAGCUCAGCCGUGCUACAUCUACAUCUACGGGUAGCAUGAGCGGCAAGCGAAGCGCGCUUUCUGUUGAGGAGAUGGAGCAGCAAAAGGUUAAGGGCCGUGAGGUCUUCCACCGCGACAACUCCUACACCCAAGACAAGGAGCGAGAGCGCCGUGAACGCGAGUGGAACGCUAAGAUGGCCCGCGAGCAAGCUGCCGAACGCUCUAGACAAGCGAGCCGAGAGUGGCGCGAAAAGCAACAACGCAGUAAGCUCGCUAUUCUGGCUGCCGCGGCAGGCCAGACAGUAUGA